AUGGAGAGUGACCGUCCGCCAACGUCAGCAUCCGUGGAUGAAGCGGCCUUCAGAAGAGCCAUCAAAAGGAGACAAAUUCUUGAGGAGCUAGUGACGAGUGAGGAGAGCUACAUCGCUGAUUUGAAGGCUCUGAUCUACCUAUAUUCGACUCUCCUGGCGACUACGAUGACGAUUGUAGGCCGGGUCAGGGCAUCUGUCCUAAGGAACGUCCAUGAUCUUCUCUCUGUCCAUGAAAGACUCCUGGAACGAUUGCACCAGGCCGCGUACGAGGCUGCAGCACGAAAGUGGGCAGACACAACCUCACCCCGGCAUCUCGGAUCACCUCCCUAUCAUAAACGGUGGAAAAGCCUCGACUCCAGUGCCGCGGUCAAGAUGAGUCGCAGUCAUCGGCGAACACGCAGCUCCAUGGAAUCAUCUGAAGCAUCCCGCGGCCGGACGUACCUAGGCGGAGCUGAACCAAGAGAUGUUACUGACGUGGCGGCCAUUUUUAGGGAUUUCUUGAGCGACUUCCUAGUUUACGAGGAGUAUUGUGCCAAUCACAGUCUCAUUGCUCAUGAGUUGCAGCGACAUGCUCCCACACUUUGGUCAACAUAUGAAUCAGGAAUUGAAUCCCUAGCAAGGUCCCUUAUUGCUCUCGACCACAAACACCAAGAUCAAAAGAAAGGUCUAACGGUUGGCGAUCUCCUUAUCAAACCGAUACAGCGCAUGACCAAAUACCCUCUUCUCUUUGACGAUCUUCUGAAGCAAACACCCGUGGCGGACUGUCCCAGCGCACAUUCUGAUCUGGAAGCAAUCUUGACGUGUUUGAGAGAACUUGUUCAAACCGUCAAUAAAGCCACGGAUAACCAUGAAACUCGAAGUCAGAUUCAGCGUCGAUGGUCGCUUCAGACGCGGCUGAUCUACGAUAAAGUAUCUUUACGGGCCGAGCAGUUUCGAAUGUUGGGAAAUAUCCGGUUGAGUGGUGUUCUGCAUGUGACUUGGCAGACGAAGAAUAACAGAGUCGAUGGUCGCUACGCCCUCUGCGUGUUGUUCGACACCAGUCUCAUCAUUGCGUUGCCCACAGGAACCACUGCGAAAUUCGAAGCGAUCGCUUUCUUGCAUUUACCGGAUACUAGAAUCGAAUCCGCCAGUGAUGGUCGGGGACUCCAAUGUCACUCGACCUUGUACACGUGGAAGAUAUGUUUCGCGGCUAGUGGUCACCUGCAUGAAUUCAUCUUGAGUGCCUGCUCAGCAACAGAGGAAAAUACAUGGAGAGAGGGCCUACAAAGCAAGGAUACUCCAGGAAGGAGGAUGGACGAGCUGUUGAACCAGAUUCCCUCGAGCAUCAGCCUCAACCUCAGAUCUAUUGGGCAGGUGUACAGUCAGCAAAGUUCGACUCUGUCCAGGAAUCCUUCGGUGCAGAGGGCUGCCACGGUGGGAAAUCGAGCCAACAUCUGUCAAGUCAUCAUUCGCAACACACACAAUCCACAAGACUUGCACGAGUUUCGUCAACCAUCAUCGUCGGCCAUCAACAGAUCUCAGUCACAUAUGACAUCUAACAAGGUUGUCAUCCUAGCACCGAAAAGGUCGGAGCGAGCAAGGCUCGAAUCUACCUUGAAUGACGUGUGGACAAAGGAGAAAUUACCGUAUCCAGGAAUGAUUAGCUCUCGCGGUGGUCAGAUCAUCAGAGCUUCGGCAGGCUCGCUAGUCCGAAAACUGAGUCUGGCAUCCAUUCAUGCGCCGUUUUCGAGGCGGUCUGGAAGUUUCUCGCUUACCAGCCGCAAGUCGUUCGACAUGUCGAUGGAAAGCCGACGUAGCAAAUCGAAACAUUCGACACCCGUCUUUGAAGUGCGCAAAGAAAGUUUGGACGAGGUGACACCGGCGAGAACGAAGUCGCAUGAGAUACCAGAGGUCGAUACUAUGGACAAUGUGGUUAGCCGGAUGAUAGGGAACAGUGUCUCAAGGAAGUUGUCUAUAUCCCAAGGUCACCACGGUCUGGCAAGGAGGGGAACGAAGGGCCAGAAGAUCAGUCACGACACAGCGGGGGCCGAGGUAGGACCAGAAGAUCCAGCAGAGAUAUUUUAUGCCGAAACGAAGGAGAUACCAGAGAAGCCGGAGAUUGUGGAAGAAGGGCUAGCAGGCAGGAAGAAACGAUGGAGCAAUCCGCUUGGAAUCUUGAAGGUUCUGUCAGCUGAUGGGCUUCGACACAUGUUGUAUUCAAGUAAAUAG